AUGGCUGGUCUUCUUUUCCCCCUUCUCUCUUCCUCUUCCCUCAUCUUUUAUCCACCACCACCACCACUGCCCAAACACUCUUCUCGAAGGUCUUCAAAAAAAGGAAAAUAUCCCCCAACAUACCAAAAUACCAAAAACCAGCCCUCUCUGCUCUGCUCACCCCCAUCACUAUUUAUCUCCCAUCAAGAGUCGUUUUCACUUCGAGCACCGACCAACGCGUUUAGGGAUCGAAAUUGUCAACUCUACAAGUCAUCCCAUAUCCGCUCCUCUCGGGUCUUCCCGUUAUAGGCGGUAUACGGAUACCAGAAACCCCCCCCCAAAAAAAAAAAAAACACUCCUAAACAAACACUCCUAAAUAAACCUUUUUCUCCUUCCCUCCCAACUUGUGUGCCACGGCCGUCGUUUAAACGAAGGUCCGUACUCACUAAACAUCCACAAAAAAACAAAAAACAAAA